AUGAGCCUUUUAAGGACCUUGGAAAGUAACCUUUUACCGAUCCGACCAUUAGCUAAGCACGGCACGCCUGCGUACGGCACUCCAAGCGCCUUUGACGAUGAUGGAAACGAUUUCCUUGAGCUAAGAGCAAUAGACCCUUACUUAAGAGCGAAAGAAUUGGCUUUGUUCGCGCGAAGCUUUCUUAAAGAGCUGAAUCGAUACGGUUUGACCUUCGACGAUUAUUUAGCGGCGUUUUUAAUUAUGCUUACGAAAGAGGCUAUAACCUUCUAUUACAAUUAUGUGAUCAAGGCCAAGCUUCUUACGUUUAAAGCAAAUGCUAUUGCGAAAGAGAAUCUAGGAACCUCGCUUAGCGAGUGCUUUGAAAAGCUCGCUAAGAAGCUCAAGGGCAUUCAGAGCUCUUUACGAUUAAGUUUAAAGGAUAAUCGAAGUUUUGCUAAUAAGCUAUAUUCAGCUUGUAAAAACGUGCUAAAGAUUACGAUUGCACGAAUGAAUCUUGCUUUUAUCUUUACCGCGGUAGUUGCUAAUAUUCGUCGAGCAAUUGCUUUUACAACUGAGACCUCUCGACCUUUCGCUAAAGCGAGUUUUGUGAUUACCCACGGCACCUUUAACGCUGACGAAGUAUAUAAACAGCUGGAAAUUCAAACGGCAUUCCACGCCUUUACUAGCCAAAUCGAGACCCAAAACGUGCUCGCGAGCAAAGCAGAGAUCUACAUAGCCUCCAAGUACUUUGAAAACGUGUUUAUAAGACUUAUGAUUGAUAGCGGAGCAGCUAAUUUCUUUACCGCUAGCUUGCCCCAGCUACGAGCACUUUAA